CUAGACAUGUGACAUGGGACGACUCGUGCGAUUCCGUCGACCGGAUCAUCAUCCCAAUCCAACGCGAAUCUCUCUCCAGCAAAUCAAUCGCCGGCGACUCCUAACUCUUAAGGGAUAGAAAGACCAGGAAAAUGCCUUUGCCUCUCUGUGCCUCUUCGUGACACCUUUCCUAACCCCGGCCUUUGAUCCUGCUCUCCUUCUCUUUCCUUUCUCUUUAAUUCUCCUUACUUGAUGUAUCACUAGGCCGCUCCUUUUGUUUGUGACUAUUCGCCAUCGCCCAUCCUGAGACCUGUCCUGGGGAGCGUCGUCUAGUCGAUCGCUCUGGAGGAUUCGAUUUUUAUUCCUAUUCCAGGAGACGGCACACAGUCGUCAUGGCACAUAGCAAUGAUGGCUCGAUAAUUUCCUCAUCCGAGUACCCUUCGUGGAAUCCCAUGUUUCGUCCUGACGGCAGUGAUCCCCAUCCGGACUCGGGCGCGACUGGAACGGCUCUACACUCCGAUGAUGCCGCAGCAGGAGACUCUCCCCUACCUGACGAUAUCCUUUCCACGACUGCGACGGACAGUGCAGAAAUGGCGGCCUUAGACGAUCCCAGUUCGCCGGCGCAGGAGAAGCCAGGUGUCCCCUCUCCGGAUGAUGGCGAACCAUCCGCUCCCCGUGCGAUUGACCCUGACCAUCAGACGAACGCCGAUCAGACCUCGAAUAAGGACGGCGUCAUAUCGGAAGCAGAAGAGAAUGGAGACCCGCGAAUAAAUGGCAAUAGCCAGGCAGCGCAUACUGGUUUCCAGUUGCCGACAGAUGGCGAAUCUGCGCCUGCAGGAAAUGAGGACGCGGAUCAGGUUGCGCCUCCUGAGGAGGGUGAGGCCAAACGAACUGAACCUCAUUCGACGCUGGAGAACCAUACCAUUUCUCCCCGGAAGGACAACGGAGAAUUGAAAUUGAGCAUCGGAGGGGCUUCAUUGUCGGACCACCGAGAGAGCUCUGUGGCCGAUUACGGGACGGAAAAUAACAACGGCGUUGGCUUCUGGAGAACUGCCAUGGAUGUUAAUACCGAGGCGGACGAAGAAGACUUUUUUAACCAGUUGAAUACGCAGACGAAGCCAAUAUAUUCUCCUCCGGACCCAGAUACAAGAUUUGAAGAAGGGAUGCCUCUUUUGGACGACAGUAUCGAGAGCCCCGUUCGGCCGGCCGUGAAUGGUGAAAAUGGAAUCAAUACAAUCUUUGAUGAAGAUGAAGAUGCAGAAGGUGGCUUCUUUGAAUCCAUUCAGAAGUCGUCGAGUCUCGGGGAAGAAGAAAAAUCUCCAUCUCAUAUCACUCGCAAAAGCACAUCACAAGUAAUUGGGGACAUUGGGUUGGGCCCAGAUUCACCGGCAAGUGAAACAUCACCUACUUCUAAGCAACACAAUAAUCUUGAAGGCGCCCCAACUUCUGAGAACCCUGUCAACGAGGCUCCUUCGGAAGAAGAUCUGGCCGCACGGUGGGAAGCGGAACUCGAUGAUGACGAUAUACUUUUGGGUGAUGAGCUGGCAGAGGACUCCGUUGCGGCUCAAGUUCCUGUUGCUGAAGGGGCUCACGGACCUGUUGACCACGUCGUUCCAAAUGGUCUGAACAGUCCGUUUGAAUCGCCUCCCCGUGGCAAGCCGGUCUCUUAUACGCCUCACCAGCCUUCUACUUCAGACCUUGUUCAAGGGCUUUCUGUUGAUGGUAUUUCGCCGGCGGAUACCACUUUUGGUUCCUCGUACUUUGCGCCACCGGCCAAACCAACUCCUCCAGCGCAGAAGCCUGAAAGUUUCGUCGAACGCUCCAAAGAAGGUUACAGAUCUCCUUAUGACCUCCCAGAGGACCUUACACUACCCCGGAGACCACACAAACCCGCCGCUCCAAAGAUUGCCAACACGCCGUUGCCUCCUCGAAGCAGCAGCAUUCCCGUUCCUCCUCCCAUGUCUACUUCACCGUCUCUGUCUGGAAAUGCUCCGCCUAAGACGGUAGCCCCUCCUAAGAACUUUUACGAAGAGCUUCCCCCGCCACCAAGAUCUCGACCGGGAAGCUCAGGGCGAUAUACCCCCGAUUGCAAGAGUGCCGCUUCUGCGCUGUCUCAGCCGCCGCCAGUGACCUUUGGCCAGUAUCCUAGCGCACCUUCUCUCGGCUCAGAACGAUAUACUCCUGACCGCGUGGUGCCCUCAACAGCACCCCCGCCAGUUGAAAACCAGAACACUGCCCCCCCAUUUCCCACUCAGUUAUCCCCUGAGUCUUAUGCGCCGCCUCAGCUUCAGCAGCCUGAAAAGUUGGAUCCGUAUACGAACCUGCUAGCUCCAGCCGUGCCGUCCGUACCGAGCGCUGCUUCGAGGUAUUCUCCAAAACCUCCUGGGUUACAAGCCGGUUCAAAGCCUCCUCCUUCGCCAAGAUACUCGCCGGCACCACCUCCGUCCUCUGCUCAUGCAUCUCGUAGCCGCUAUACCUCUCCACCGCCAAGUGCAUCUGGCUCAACAGGGUCUCUUCCGUUUCAACCACGCACUUCAAGCCCUCUAGCUUACUUUGAAAGGAAUGCAUAUCAACCAGAGGAACAACAAGUGUCACCCUUGGAGCAGACAGUUAACAGAACUCCCUAUGCGCCACCCCAAACCAAUGGACAGAUCUCCGACCAAAGUCCUAUUGUCUCCAUUAACGCUUUGGAUUUCGCAGGAACUAGUGCUCAUGAGAAUAUUACCUCUCCUGUUACUUAUGGACCGACUUCUCCGCCUAGAAACCCCUAUGCUCCCCAACCUCAUGCCAAUGACUUGUCAACGAGGACUGGACCAGUUGCCGGAAUUCCGUCGGCAUUCCCGGCUCCUGGAUUGCAAAAUGGACCCAUGUCCAUUGAUGGGCCAUUCUCGCCUCCUCGCAGAUCCCGAACACAGUCCCCUGGCCAACAAAUGUUAGGCGGCCCAAGAUUGUCAGUCCCAUCAAUUGAUCCUCUCCAGCGUCCUGCUUCUGUUAAUGGCCCCGGUUCUCCAACACAAUUGCCCAAUAUUUACUCUCCGCCUUCCACCAUACAUGCCCAUGGUCCGUCUGAGCAGCUUGAGUUUAUACCCCCUAGUGAUGGGCAACAAUUGGAUCCGCUUGAGCGAUGGAAAGGCGCACCAAUUGUCAACUUUGGCUUCGGGGGUGUCGUUCUUUCUUGUUUCCCUAAACAUGUCCCGCGAUAUACGGCCGGCCAAGUCACUCCAAAGAUCAAAUCGAGUCCGGGUGAAGUGAAACUCAACAAACUAAAUGAUUGGGUGUCACGACCCGAAAGUGUUGUACGGUAUCCUGGCCCUCUCAAGGCUAAGUCCAAGAAGAAAGAUGUUCUUGCUUGGCUUUCGAGUAAGAUAGCUGCGUUUGAGAAUGAGGGCCUGUCCGAGGCGGCUCAGUUACACCCCGAACCAUAUAAACGUCAAGAAGAAAAGGUUUUGCUUUGGAAGAUUGUUAGGGUUUUGGUAGAAAAUGACGGGACCUUGGAAGGUUCGCCUGACGUACAAAACGCUGUGCGAAAUACGAUAUUUCCGAAUCUCCAGAACUCGGAAGCCGAGCAGCCGUAUGCAAACAGCUUCACGAAUUCGGCUGAUUUCAAAUCGGAGGUGCAGUUCCGGCCUGACUCGGUCAGCCCACAAUUCACGGAGACCCUACGUGACAAUCUGCUCCACGGCAAGCGCGAAAAAGCCGUAUGGGAAGCAGUUGACAAUCGUCUAUGGGGGCAUGCAAUGAUAAUUGCUUCGACACUGGACAAGUCUGUCUGGAAACAGGUUGUCCAAGAAUUCGUACGACGAGAAAUGAGGCCUUCGUCUGGGAAUGCCGAGUCGCUCGCAGCGCUGUACGAGAUCUUUGCGGGAAAUAUUGAAGAGAGCAUUGAUGAGCUCGUGCCUCCUUCAGUUCGAGCUGGCCUACAGAUGGUCAGUAAAGUUAACAGUCAAGGUCCAACAAAGAAUGCACUUGAUGGCCUCGACAGGUGGAGAGAGACUCUUCAGUUUGUUCUGAGUAACCGGAGCCCUUCUGAUUCAGAGGCGCUUGUGAGCCUUGGACGACUACUGUCAAACUAUGGUCGUACAGAAGCGGCACAUAUCUGCUAUCUGUUUUCGCGGACCCCAAUAUUUGGUGGUGCUGAUGACCCACAGUCGAGCAUUGUUCUACUUGGAGUUGAUCACCAGCGUUUCACCCAUGUUCUACUGGAUGAAGAUUCCAUUCAACUGACAGAGGUAUAUGAAUACGCGACCUCCGUUCUAGCCAACUCCCCUACGGCUACUUUGCCGCAUCUUCUAGCCUUCAAACUCAUGCAGGCGAAGUCCCUUGCAGAACAUGGUCGCACAUCAGAAGCCCUGCAGUAUUGUGAUGCAAUUGUUGGGACGCUUAAAGCCACAACGAAACCCUCUGUAUAUUGUCAUCAACAGCUGUUUUCUGAAGUUGAUGAACUCACUGCGCGCCUAAAGCAAACUACCAGCGAUGGAGCAUCCUCUUGGAUAUCAAGGCCUAGUAUGGAGAAAGUAUCUGGUUCAAUGUGGGCGAAAUUCAACAGCUUCGUGUCUGGCGAAGACAGUGAUGCAGCGUCAACGGGAUCCGGAAAGAUGGGAGAUGCUGAUGUUGGACCCUUUGCAAAGGUUACCGGUACUCCAACCGUCAGCCGUUCGCCUUCCGUGACAGAUUUAUAUGGAUCAUAUCCUAUUUCGGGUUCGCAACCUAUUCCGACUGGAAUGCCUUCGCGAUACCAUCCUGGAAAUCAGUACGUGCCGAAUGGCUCGCCUGACAAUGUCCGUGGCAGAACAUCUUUUGAGUCUCAGAGAUCUGGCUCUUUCGGAUUUUCCGUUGGGCAAAGGAGAAGUUCCCAGGAACAGCCACCCCCUGUGGAGGCCAACCCGUACCAACCAGCGCCACCUUAUAGCUCAUCGCCGGCUACUGGAUAUCAUUUUACGCCACCUCAGACCUCGUACAUGCCUCUCGCACCAGUCGAUGAAGAUCGUGCCUAUCAGGCGAAAACCCAGUUUUCGGCCCAACCUAGUUUUGAUUCAUUUGCUGGAAACGGAAACCCCGUGAAUGUACCGCCGCCAAGCAACUCCGGGUAUAUGCCAGUAACCAGCGGUCAUAGUUAUGAACCUCCAUCAAGCAUCGAUGCUGUUGUCGAGGAUUCAGAAAGGAGACCCUCAGUGGAUCAUGAUGAUGAUAUGGCAACGCGUGCAGAGGCGAUUCGGAAGGCCGAAAAAGAGCAGGCGGAUCGUGAAGCGGCCGAGGCGUUUAAGAAAGCCGCCGAAGCAGACGCUAAGAAAGCCCCUCCUCCAAAGAAGGGCUGGUUCAGCGGUUGGUUUGGAGGCAAAAAAGAUGCCGCCGCAACUAACAACGCUGCUGGUGGCGGUGGUCCGAUUCGAGCUAAGCUCGGCGAGGCCAGUUCGUUUUACUAUGAUAAGGAGCUGAAGAGAUGGGUCAACAAAAAGGAUCCCGGUAGCAGCACGUUGGCACACAGCACGCCCCCUCCUCCAAAGGGGCCCGCCCCCCUGGCCAGGUCUGAUAGUCCUGGUGCGCCUCCGACGGGUUCUGGUCCUGGGAGCAGAGCCCCUUCGGCCAUGGGCAAUCGUCCUCCACUCUCAGCAAGCCCAGCGCCUCCCCCGUCAAGCGCACCGCCUCUAGCAGCUGGGAAUAUACCCCGUUCUAUAUCAUCUACCCCAGGGAUUCCACCGCCCCGGCCGGCUACAUCAUUGAGCAAUGCAACUUCCAUAGAUGACUUGCUUGGGGAACCACAAGCACGCAAGGGAGGGUCUGUUAGGGCGAAGAAGAAGGGCAGAUAUGUCGACGUCAUGGCUAAAUGA